AUGGCGGCGAGAUUGGAGCUCUCGACGAUGGCGACGGACGCGGAGACGUUCGGGCCCACGCGCGAGCGCUUGGUGACGAGUGAGAUCGCGGAGAUGAUCUAUGCCCCGUAUAAUCAUACCGAUAAGUUUGGACGCGUGAGCGAUUGGUUGGCGGAGGAUGAGCGAGACGGACGCGGGAACAGAGGGGAGACGCGAGAGAAGAGGGAAAGACGAGAAAGAAAGGAGGAAAGGGCGAAGGAUAAGGCGGCGGCGAACGGCGGUGCUGGCGUGGAGACGGUGUUUAACUUUGUCGCGGACGUGGUGGAGGAGGAGAGCUUCAGUUUGGUGGACAACGCGACGACGAGAGGGAGCGGUCGACGGGACGGCGGCGGCGGCGGACGGGGCGGCGGACGCUGGAAUCAGUUUGGUGGACGCGGACGCGGACGCGGGAUGACGGAAGAGUUCGCGAGAGAUCUUGGCGUCGGGGCUGAGCGCGAACGUAACCGCCAAGCGCGCAUUCAGUCGAGAAAAGCCGCGCAGUGGAACACCUGGGCGUACAACAGGCAGCAGCAGCAGGUGCACUACAGCGCCUCGGUGGACAUUCGCCCGGACUGGGAAGUGGUGGAACAAAUCCAUUUCCCGGAGAUCAUCAAGCAAUCGCACGUGCUCGAGGACGCGCAGCCGGAGGAUUUGGCUUCGUACGGCUCCGUGCGCUGGUUUGACAAGUCGUACGACCGAGUCACGCCGAAGACCGAGGUGCCUUUGCGACGCCGCACAGACGAACCGCCGCGCAAUCUCACCGCGAGCGAUGAUCCGAUCAUUCAAAAGUACUCCGAAUCGGGCGCCGGCAACGUGUUCACCACGGACAACGUCUUGGCCGCCAUUAUGUGCGCGGCGCGCUCCAACUACUCUUGGGACAUUCUCAUCCGCAAGAAGGACGGAAAGAUGUUCUUAGACAAACGCAACGACGGUAACUUCGACUUGCUGACCGUGUCCGAAACCGCUCAAGAAGCCAUCACGGACGACCCGGACGACAUGAACGGAGUUCCGCAACUUUCCCAGGAGGGAACCAAGGUGAACCGCGCCUUUGUCGAACAGUCUCUCAACUCCGAGAAGGACGCCGUCAAGGUUGGUGAACCCGUGCCGUUCUUCAACGAAGUGGAGACAGAUUCCGUCGCUUACAAGUACCGUAAGUGGAACGUGGACGAGAAGACACAGCUCGUUUGCCGAUGCGAGUACAAUGGCGUGAGUGAAUCCAAGGGAAUGGAUAAGGGCAAGGCGCUCACCACUCUUGUCAAGGCUUUGAACGAGUUCGACUCCAAGGUCACCGGCAUUGACUGGCGACUUAAAAUUGAAACCCAGCGCGGUGCGGUGAUCGCGAACGAGCUGAAGAACAACGCGAACAAGUUGGCGAAGUGGACCGCGAUGGCCAUGCUCGUGGACGCUGAGCUCAUCAAGCUCGGUUUCGUAUCGCGCACGCACCCGCGCGACCCGAACUUGCACGUCGUGCUCAACACGCAAACGUAUAAGACGAAGGAUUUCGCGCAGCAAAUCAACCUGAAGGAGUCGAGCAUGUGGGGUUCACUUAAGCUCUUCCUCGAGACGUGUCGUAAGUUUGAAGACGGCAACUACCUGUGCGUCAAGGAUCCGUCCAAGGCGACGUUGCGAUUCUACAAGUACGAAGAGAAGGCGAGCGUGUUCUAG